GGCCGGUGUCGCCCCCUGGCGGCUCCGUCUCCCCUCCGGCGGGCCCCGCCAUGUCCUGCACGAUCGAGAAGGUGCUGACGGACGCGCGGACACUGCUGGAGCGGCUGAAGGAGCACGACACCGCGGCCGAGUCGCUCAUCGACCAGUCGGCGCUGCUGCACCGCCGCGUGGCCGCCAUGCGCGAGGCGGGAGCUCCGCGCGCGGAGAAGGGCCCCGCCGAGCGCCACGAGCCGCGCCCGCCCGUGCUCCUGACCCAGGAGAACACGCAGAUCCGCGACCUGCGCCGCGAGAACCGCGAGCUGUGGGUCUCACUGGAGGAGCACCAGGAUGCGCUGGAGCUCAUCAUGAGCAAAUACAGAAAGCAAAUGCUGCAGCUUCUGCAGGGGAGAAAAGGUGAAGACGCAGAACCAGUCCUGCGAGUGCAUCAGGCAAAUUCCUUGGAAAUUGAAGGUCAAAUAGACAGAGUAUGUGAGAUGGGAGAGGUGAUGCGAAAAGCUGUUCAAGUCGAUGAUGAUCAGUUCUUCAAAGUUCAGGAGAAACUAGCUCAGUUGGAGCUUGAAAACAAAGAGCUGCGUCAACUAUUGUCCAUCAGCAAAGAAUCUUUUGAUGUUGGAAGAGAAGAUCUGCCUGACUGUGAAGCCUAAGUCACAGAAUAACCUUAUCUCCAGAUCUUGACUUCAGAGACUGUUAUGGAACUACCCUGCAAGGAUGGAUAUUGGUUUGUUCUUUCAGGUGUUUCCCUGUAUGUUUGCCUUUCAAAAUGUGUGGGCUCCUUUCUCUGCAUUUUUCUGAAAUUACAUACUGUUUGGUGAAGGCCAAGACUUGCACUGCUGCUCCGUCUCAGUAAUUGCAGUGUACAGAUGCUUAACCAUCAAGUAUUUGAUGCGUACUCCCUUGUGAUAGUUUAUUUCCUUCCCUGUUUGUUAUAUGAGUGUUAGUUAUUAAUUCCAGCUGUACAGAUGGCACUGAAGUCCACCUAGUCAGUAACUAGAGAAGGUAAUGCAGGUUGUGAUUAAGGGAGAUGAUUAAAAAAACGCACUGUAAGUGGCAGGUACACAUUUUGCUCUGCCUUCACAAAGCAGGCACGCAGAGCUCUUGUUUUGCUUUGGCAAGCUAAUAGUGUUCGGCUGGGUUAAUGUUAUUGGGGCAGCUGCUUAGAAGGAGGCGAGGACAGCAGAAGCUGGCAGAGCCCUGCAUGCAGUGACUUGCAUUAAGGAGUCUGUGUUACCUUGAUGUAGGGUGAAAACGAGAGUAGACAACCCUUUCAGAUGCCUGUGCAAUGGGAAGGACGUUGUGUAUCUGAGUAGUUUUCUUUUUAUUGGUAGACCUGUGUGGGUUUGCUUGUGCUCCAAGGUGUGGGUACUGGCUUGCUCUGGUUUGAAGGCGCUGCCCUCGGACCCUGCACAAACACAGCACUCCAGGGCUAAGCUCCUUGGUUUCCCAACACCUGGGACCUCAGGAGGGAGCCGAGGUCUGCCUCAAAACUGAAGCAGAACCUGCCACGUAGACAGCUUUUUUUGUGUUACAUCACAGGUAAGCCCAGUGACAGAUCCGAUGUAGUUGUACUGAGGGAAACCAGCUGCAGCGUCGUAGGGAUUUACCAAUACUAUGGUAUUUUUAAUGGGAUUUUUAUAUAAAGAUUUCUCUUUCUUACCUGUGA